GUAACAAUCAGAUGCAAGGCGGAAGCAUACGGUGUUAGACAAAAGUAAAUACCAUGGGGAUACUAAAGCAAGUGCUGUGUACAUUUAUGAUAAGCACGACAUGCAUCAACUUUGGCCUGAUGUUUGCUUGGCCUUCGUCCACCGUGAAACUGUUUGAGUCCACAAACACAACCCUCAACCGGCCAAUGACUGAGACUGAGGUGGCUCUGUUCGGGAGCUUGUCUUCUUGUACGGCCCUCAUCAGCACCCCCAUUUCGGGGUUUGUGGUCGAUUAUGUGGGAAGAAAGUACACGUCGGUUAUAUUCAGUUUGCCUCAAGUUAUUGCAUGGAUCGUAGUUGCCGUAAGCCGGAGAGUAGAGUUGGUGCUGGUCGCCAUGUCAAUAUCGGGCAUCAGCGGCUGUCUCUUCAACGUCACACCAGUCUUCAUCUCGGAGAUCUGUCAUGAGAAGAUAAGAGGCACCAUGACGGCCUGUUCCAUUAUCUUCUACGGUAUUGGGAUACUGCUGUCCUACCUCAUCGGAGGGUGGUUAUCUUACGGAGGCAUGAUAUACACCUGCUUAACCUGCAGUAUCACUCAAGUGUUAUUAUUGAGCUUGGUCAAAGAAUCACCAACGUAUUUGAUGAAGAAAGGCCAGGAUAAAGAAGCUGCACGUAAUAUUGCAUUUUAUAGAGGAACGAAACCGGAAUCUAAGGAAGUUUUGGAAGCAAUGGCGUUGAUUCACAAAACUCUGAACCCUGAAAUGGAUGAUGAUGCACCAGAAAACGAGAAGUUACAGGGCGAUGGAAAGCCUCGUGAAAAGUUAACUUUGUUCCAAUUUAUCAAAAAGUCUAAGUCGACUCGUCAGGGUUUGAUGGUAGUUACAGCCUUAUACACGUUUGCUAUUUUCCAAGGACUUGUCGUAGCUCAGGUGUACGCAGAACCACUGUUCCGAGAGGCCAUGCCAAACGUUUCGUCCAAUAUCACUAGCAUUGCCUUUGCCGUAGUCAACACUAUUGUCGGCUUCGUGGCUGCGUAUUUAACAGAUUUGACUGGUAGAAGGCCUUUAAUGAUCUACUCGUCAUUCGCUACUGGUAUAAGCUGCGUGGCUCUAGGCACUCAGAUCCAGCUGCACUGGGGUCCAUUCUGGGUGACCGCUGUGUUUCUAUACGCCUUCUGUAUUUUCUACACCGCGGGUGCCGGCACCGUACCUUAUGUUGUCAUAAGUGAGCUGUUUUUGCCAGAGGUCAGAGGUGUAAUGACGAUGGCAGCUUCGGAAUGGGCGUGGAUCUGCAACUUCAUCAUCCUGUUCAUCUUCAACCCGCUGGUGGAGGCGAUAGGUCUGGGCUGCGUCUUCUACCUCUUCGGCGCUAUAUGCUUCGCCUCUGCCGUUUUCUCUUUCAUCUACAUGCCUGAGACCAAGGAACUGACAGUAGAUGUUAUCCAGACUCUUCUAGUUAGAAAGAAACAGUAUUAGUGGUUGUAGGAUUUUUA